CUUAAAGCGGAUGUAAACGUAUCUUUGCUUUAGUGUUAGGUUUACUCAGCCUCUUUAGAGUUUGGGUUUUUGAAGCCGUCAUGUCGUCGACGAUAAAGAAGAUAGGAAUUACUUAUAACUCUAUAAAUGCCAGCAACACUUUUACUAACGGAGAUGUGGUUUCUGGUCAGGUAGAGGUGGAAUUAGCCAAAGACUGCCAGAUCGAGUCAUUUUACAUCAAGUUCAAGGGGAAAGCUGAGGUACUGUGGUCGGAAACUUACGGUCAGUCCACUCAGGUUUACCACUCCAAAGAAAAGUACUUCACCUUGCGGCACUACUUCAUAAAAAGCAAGAACAGCACGGAUGACCAGCAAACACUGAUCACAAAUGAAAGUGGAGCAACCUCCCUGCUCAGCUCUACUCCACCAAGUCUCUCCCUAUUCAAAAUGGAACUGGUACCCCAGCAUGAGUCUAAAGAUAAGAAAAUGGGUCUUUUUAAAUCUGGAAGUAUCGCCAUGGAUGUAAACCUUGAGAAGUCAGGCUUUCACCAAGGAGAAGGGUUAAAGGUUUCGGCAUUGAUUAAGAAUGAUUCAUCUCGUGAGGUCAAGCCCAAGUAUUGCAUAUACAAAAAGCACAGCUUUUUUGCUCGUGGGAAAAGAAGGGUCCACACUAAAGAUCUCAUUAAGGAGGUUGGAGCUACAAUCCCCCCAUCGGCCUCAGAAAAAGUCACACAGGUUAUUCCCAUACCUCAAGAUAUGGAGCCCUCCAUCCUCAAUUGUAACAACAUCAAAGUAGAGCACAGACUCAGGGUCUACCUUGAUGUUAAGUAUGCUUCAGAUCCAGAGGUCAAAUUUAACAUCUUCAUCCUUCAAGCACCUAGGGUCUCUGCCAUGGCAACAGCACCACCAGCUGCUUCUGACUUUGGAAAUGGACUGUUUGAAAACUAUGGGAAUCCAAACCCUCCUGUGUGGGACUUUGGACCUCCACAACCGCCGGCCGUGUUUCUGCCUGCUGACCCACCACCCAGCUAUGGAACAUACGGGAUGUACCCUCCUCUGAAUGAUUUUGCUAAUAAAUACUAAACACCCUUACAGUUGCCUUCAGGGGGGAGAUCUAGCCAAAAGCAUGUAAAACCCUUUUGUAGAUGUAAUAUUCUUUACUGAUUCUUUUGUUCUUUCACUUUAGCUCAAUGCAGAAAAUGUAUAAGAAUUGGUAAUUGUACAGAGCUACAGUUUACCAGCGUUAAUUUCAAGGUUUUUGCGUGUAAAAUAUAAUCAAAAGAUAGGAUCCUAAAAUCACUUAAUGUUAUUUAUUAGUGUUGAAUCUAUAAAUAAGUUUGUUCUUUCCUGAACCUAUUCUGUUUUACCCCCAUCUAUAUAUGUCCUGUCAAAAUAGGUUUUUCUAAAAACUCUUGUUUUCCAUAGGUAUGUGAGGCAUUUGUAAAGUCUCCACUAAUACGCUCUGCCUGAAGAGAAGAAAUAACUUGUGUGGCUUAAAUAAUGCAGACCUCAUCCUUUUUCUGUUAUUAGUAUUAAAAUUUUAGACAGUAGAAACUAUAGAUAAAAUAGUGUGUGACUUUUAUUUUGACUAAAACUUUAUUCUUGUUUAUUGAGCUUGGUAUAUAAAUAUGAAAGAUUAUACAUAUUACUCAUAAAAUAAUGCUAUUAAAAAAGACAAGGUGGCUUUACUAUAACUUACUCUUACUCUUCGUCUACUGCUUCAUCCAUGACCAGGUCAUGGAGGCAGCAGUCUCAGCAGGGACUCUCAGACUUCCCUCUCUGCAGACACCUCCACUAGCUCUGGUGAGGGGACAUCAAGGUACUACCAAAGUACUCCCUAUGACAGACCAGUGCAGUGUCCGCAUUAUGGCAGCAACUGCACCAAUGGAUCUAUGGAUCUCCCCAUUCUCCCCUCAUUCAAGAAUGGGACCCCAAGAUUUUUAAAUGUCUCGCUUGAGGAAGGAACUCUCCUCCAACCUGAAGUGAACAAGCCACCUUUUUCAUUAGGGAACCAUGGCCUCGCACUUGGAGAAGCUGAUUCUCAUCCCGGCCACUUCAUACUCUGCUGCGAACUGCCCCAGUGCAAGGUGUAGGUCUUGGCAGAAGGGAGCCAGCAGAAACAUGUCAUCUGCAAAAAGCAGGGACAUGAACUGCUGGUUCCCAAACCAGUCUUUUGACUCUGCCUAGAAAUCAUGACCAUAAAGGUUAUGACAGGGCAGCACUGGCGGAGUCCAAAAUGCACUUGGAAUAGGUCCAACUUAUUGCCGGCAAUGCGGACCAGGCUAAUGCCCCGCUUCUUUCUUAGUUGUAGUAAGGUUGCGGGCAACACUAUCCUCAAUUAACUGCAGCUGUCUGAUCGACUUUGUAGGUGGACCUGUAAAGACUUAAUUGCAGUUAUCAAUUUGGCUAAAGAUAAAUGUGGAUUAGUUUUUUUAGAUCCUUCAGAGGCAUCAGUCUUUUAAUCCUGUAUAUUUCUUGAAGUGAUAAAAGACUAUGUUUGUUAUUGUCUUAAGUUUAAUCAUGUAAAGCACUUUGCAUUGUCUUU